AUGUCUUCUGAAACAAUCUCCAAAGACCCUACCAUCCUCCAAAAAGUCGCACGAAUAGCACAUGCGUGGAAGCGGGACUCGAGCAUGCUGCAACUGGUCACAUCCUUUCUGUCAAAACCCCCCUCAAUCCAAAUGGCAGACGCGCGCCAGCACACUGUAUGGUUGUUCGACAAUACGGCCUACCAGCCGGCGUCAUCCACAAUAUCGGGGCAAGGAUCGUGGCGCGCAGAAGUCGUGGCUUGUGUUUUCCGGAAAGAUAGCCGGAAAGACAUCACCAAACUUGUCGCCCUGAUUGCAGAUCUCAUUGGACUGGAUGGGGAAAUAGGCACGGACAAGGAGACGCGCCACCGGAUAACAGAACGGCUGCAGCCAUUCCUGUUUCACACUGCAUCCGCACACUUGAUGACAUUAGAAACACCCCUCCCCAACAAUACCAUCCAGAUGCAGCAGAUCGGACCCACCGAUGACAGUGGCAUUAGUAGUCAAACCAUCAGCGCAGAUAGCCAGCACAUCACGGACGGCACCAAGAUUCGAUCGUACCUUCGGGGGUGGGGAAGUGGAGUAUUCAUGGACACCAUAUUUGCGAGCCCAGAGGGCUGGCUGGUCAUCUCCGACAUCGAUGAUACGAUCAAGUAUACUAUGACCUCGGAGUCUACUGGCAUCCUUCGCACCACAUUUGUCGAAGAUCCUAGACCCAUUGCCGGAAUGCCUCAGCUCUAUGCCCAUAUCCAGAACCAGCUUGUGCCGACAUGGUUCUACAUCUCUGCUUCCCCAUACAACUUGUACCCAUUUUUGCACAGGUUCCUUGGUUCAUACUUCAGCCCGGGUACGAUGAUCCUUCGCGAUACUUCCUGGUUGGAUGUUAGCGAGCUGGUGAAGUCCUUCACUGUAAAUACUGGCGAGUACAAGGUGGAUCGCUCUGAGAAAAUCCAUGGCUGGUUUCCCCAGCGACAAGUGCUCUGUAUCGGAGACUCGACCCAGCAAGACCCCGAAGCUUAUGCAGAACUCUACAAGAGACAUCCGGAUUGGAUCCAAGCUAUCUGGAUCAGAAAGGUUGUCGAUGUCCCACACCUGCAGGAGCAGAAUUCGCCGGAAAGGUUCAAAGCUGCUUUUGCGGGGGUCCCAGAGUAUAUUUGGAGGGUGUUCGAACAGCCCGCCGAAGUACACCACCUCGUGGCGGAACUCAACAACUCAUACUUUGGUUACGUCAACAUGAGACCCGCGAAGCCUCAGUCCACGACGAUGGACGAACAGACGUUCGUACCACCAACCAUGAGAGCAAUCUACUUCAGCCCCGCAUCAACAGCCAUCACAGACCUCACGGCCUUGGACGAACCCAGGGUGGACUCCCACGUCAAGUUCGAUUCCGACUUCCAAACUCCCAUUCCCUCGGGGAAUGAAUACCUCGUCAAAGUCCAGGCAGCGGCUUUCUCUCACGAUGAACUCCGGCUGUCCAAGAUCCUCAAUCCAGCCAAAUCGAUCCCCCAGAUUCCACUGCAUAGCUUUUGCGGUACGGUCAUCAGCACCCCUCAAACCGACCAUUGGAACCCGGACGGGCCCAAGUUCAAAGUCGAGGAUGCCGUCUUCGGUCUGAUCAAAUACAGUCGCGACGGCGCCGCAGCCGACUACGUUGCCGUUGCGGAAGAUGAGCUUGCAUACAAGCCCAAAAACAUCAGCGCGGCCGAAGCAGCCACCAUCCCCCUGCCCGCUCUCACGGCUUGGGAGGCCUUGUUCAAGUAUGCUGGAGUCGACCCCGGCAACGGUGGCCACGAUCGCCGGCAGUUGCGGGUUCUUAUUACCAAUGCCCGCAACAACGAGGUCGGCACCCAGGCACUACAAUUGCUUCGAUCACAGUCAUUAUUCCCGCACUCCCGCCCCUGGAUUUGCGCGACCUGCGAUGCUGAAGAUCAGGAGGAGUACCUGCGAAGUGAGUACGGGGUAGACGAGACGAUAUACGCACCGCUUCCCUUGCCGCAAGACUACAAUCUUGGAUCCAUUUUUCGCAAGAACCACUGGGAUCCCGUCGAUGUUGUCCUGGACUGCGCUGGCGAGGAGAUGUUUGAACAAGCGCACUCCUCAAAGGUCAUCAGAGAGCACGGGGCUGUCUUGACCGCCGUGGACUCCACACCCGCGGAGGACCGGGAUCCUCUGGGUAAAGAGGAACCGCGCAAGGAUGGCGUGCUUAGCCGGUUUGUCGUGGUCAGCCCCAACGGUGAGGCGUUGCGUCGUGUCUCCGAGCUAGUCGAGGCGCACGAGAUCCAAGGACGAGUCGAGAGCAUCAAGGAACUGGUUGAUGGCACGGACGCAGCCAAGGUACCGAUGAAAGUAACUAACGACAUGGUGGAAAGGUAA